AUCAAAUAAUAAAAAUCUAACAAAAAUGCGGAAAAAGUUUGUUUUAAUGGCCACAUGUAUACGAAACAUUACAGUACGUUAAUAUCUAAUGUUUGGAGGUGCUCCAGUCUCCAAGGCAUCAAGUCUCAAGUGUCCAGGCAAAUUAAAAACAUCGAAAGAAAAUGAUACUGAAAUACCAAUAAUCGAUAAAGCACAUACUCAUCCUCCAGACACGCAUGAAGUUGAAGUCAAUAAAUGCUUAGCGCGAAUGAAACAUAAGGCAGCAACUACGUCAACAAAUCCAGAUUUACUGUGAAGAACUUGGAAGCUUGGAUAAUGAAACUCGAGCUAGGAUGCCACCAGAAACAAUCACUAAAAGAACUCUUCGAAAUCAACGGUCAAAAAAUAAUUUAAAAGAACCCAGACAUUUAGAAGAUUGUAUAAUCAUUAAUCGAAGCUGUAUAGGUGACUGGGCACUCGCAAAUGAUGGACUUAGAUUAUUACUAAAAGAUAGUAUAGAAGAUCAAUUUGAAGACAGAGUUAUCAUAUUCGCCACUGAUGAAGGGUUAAAACAUCUCACCGAGGCGGAAACAUGGAUGUUUGAUGGUAACUUUGCAUUGGCACAUUCUAUUUUUCAACAAUUAUAUGUAAUAAGAGUCAAAAUUCAUGAUUUAUAUAUAACUAGUAACUACAGUAUAUUGUUUGUUAGAAAAAAACGCAAACUACUUAUGAAUAUAUGUUACAAUCGUUACUUAAUGCAUGCCAUAAUCAAAACUUGUACCCAGACCCUAUUAAUGUUCAUAUUGACUUUGAAAAGGCAGCUAUAAAUGCAGUCACAUCUAUAUUAGGUGAACAUGUAAGUAUAAAAGGUCGUUUUUUCAUUUAACGCAAAGUACUUAUAGGAAAAUACAAUGCCUUGGUUUAGUAAAUUUAUACAUGGAGAAUGAGAAUUUUAGUAUGUUUUGUAGAAAAAUUGAUGCUCUAGCUUUUUUACCUAUUGACGAUGUUCCAGCUGGAAUGGACUACAUGAAAAGUAAUAUGCCAAAUGAGGCUAGAGAACUAGUGAAUUAUUUUGAUCAAACUUAUAUUUCGGGAAUAAAUAGACCAAUUGGAAUUUCACGGCCAGGUAAAAAAACUAAAUUUCGAAAUAUUCCCCCAAUCUUCCCACCUGCUAAGUGGAAUAUACACGAAACAACUAUUAAAAGUGCAGAGCGUACUAAUAAUCAAACAGAAGGAUUUAAUCAUCGAUUUUCUAAACUCGUUGACUCUAAUCAUCCCUCUAUUUGGACACUGAUUAAAAAAAUUAGAUUAGAGAUAGAUUCAGAUAGCACUGAAAUAGAUCAAUUUGAUAUAGGU